AUGCCCACCUCCAACGGCAAGUUUCCAGUUCAGUCCGAGUUCACAGACACCAACCUUCAGCCUCGGUGGAUUCCAACUGUCGGCUAUGCUAUCCAAAACGCUUUGAUUUCGUUCGCUACGCUUGUCGUUUCCUUUGCUUCCCUCAUCGUCACUUGUUCCGUUGUUUUCCCUUUGUCUUUUUACAGGACAUUACUCGCACGGAGAACCGUGACUCUCAUCCCUCCUCGCGAGUCUCUCAAACGUGGGAAGGUCGUCCUCAUUGUUGGCGCAUCUCGCGGAAUAGGACUGGAGGUGCUCAAGCAAUAUUGCAACGAACCAGAGACCACAGUCAUUGCAGUGUCGAAAACGGCUGAUGUGCUGGAAAGCGCACUCGGAAGCCUUGGGGACGUCCCUGCUACCCUUCGUUCAGCAGCGCUCGAUCUGGCUGGUCCUUCGAGGUCAAUUGUCGAUAUUGUCAAUCGCCUGGAUCAGGAGUACGGUCCCGUUUCACACUUGUAUGCGAUCUCUGGAAUCACCAACUAUACCGAGGAUGAGUCGCCUUGGGACCUGGACUUCAAUGAGGAGAUGAUCAAGGUUAACGUCUCUGGGAUUGUCUCUCUCGUGAUGACCAUGUACGAGAGAAUGAAAGGACGGAGCUAUGGCAAGAUCUGUAUCAUUGGUUCCACUGCUGGAAUCUAUAGUCCAGCGAAUAUGAUCACCUAUGCGUCUACAAAGUCCUUCCUCAACACCUUUGCGACGUCGUUACGCGUCCUGGCUGCAUCUUCCAAGGUCGAGGUGGUCACCGUUGAGCCUGGGUUCAUCGACUCGCGCAUCACGAGGAAGAUGAGAGAGCAGGGCGCGACCCCACCCGAAUUCACAUUCAAAGAUGCUCGCGCCUUGGCAAAGAAGAUGAAAGAAACUGUGGAGGUCGGUGGAAUCGGGGUCUUAACCUGGCCAUUCAGCCAGGGUCUACUUUUCUGGGGUACGAGAGGCCUCAACCCCAUCCUCGAAGAAGCUGGGAAGUUCUUGAUGAUGAAAGCCAGGGUAUCUGGGAAGAAGAUCUCUUAA